AAUAAUGGACUGGUGUGCUUUUCAUAUAUAAAGCACACAAGGUCAUGAGCUCCAGUGUUACUGUGAGAUUACUUUCACACACAGUUAUGGGGUGGAUAGAGAAUCUCCUGAUUUGUUCUUUCUUUGUGUCAAUUUACCUGCUGAAACAGGCUGAAUGUGGUCCUGUGGAGGUAGAAUCAGCUAGGAGUGUGGAAAAAGAUGCUCCGAUUGUGCCACCUAGGGAUUUCAAAAGAGAAAGAAGAGUCAUAGAGGACUGUUCAGGCCUCCAGAAGGAUCUUGACAACAUGAAGAUUAAAUGUAGGGAUUCGUAUAAAAUAGCGAAGGACAAUAUCGAUCGUCUUAAAAGCCAACUGGAUGGUCUUUUUAAACAAGUCAGUACCACCCAGAAUCCAGCCACGGAUGUCUUAAAGAUUCUCCAGAAUGUCAAUGACCUACAAGAUAUGGAUGCAAUAUUAAACACUGAGAGAGAUGCCGCAAAGAUUGAAAGACUGGACAAGCGUCGGAAGGAAGCAGAGAGAAACUUAGCAGAGAUGAAGACAGGAUUUUCAGGAAGUGUUGAAAUUUUCGAGCGGGCAGUUUCAAAGAUAAACGCAGAGAUGUUGAAAAGCGAUAAGGUGAUAUCAACACCUCUUGAUGAAUUAAAGAAAUACCUGGAAGACAAGCUCAAACAACCAGGGGAACAAGGCGACACUGCAAAACAGGUGCUGCAGAUUGUUAUAUUGCAAAUUGAAACAAUGGAACUGAAGACACGUAUCUCUGGUAAAUUUAAGACGCAAGCACAGAUAGAUGUAAUUAUAAGCAAACUGGAGUUCAAAAAUGGCCUCCUAUCAGAUCUGAAAGAGGAGCGAGAAGUCAGGAAAGAGAAGAUACAAAAAAUUGAUGAACUCACAGCAGCGCUGGAGAAAGAAAUAUUAGAUCUGAACGCUGAAUUAUCAGCUCUUAGACAAACACUUGUUCAGCUUGAUGAACAAACAGCUGGAUUGGAUGCGAAAAGAACAGAAAUAAUGGACAAAAUUGCCAAAUUGAAAGGAAAAGAUGAGAUAAUUUCUAGAAUUCUUAAACUCCAGUUUGAAUUCAUGGAGGCACUGAUUACUGCACAAGGACAGAUGAAAGCAGAUGAAUUUAAGAUAGAUGAUCUCCAGAAAGAGCUUAAAAAAGAACAGGACAGGGCAUUAUAUCUGGAUGCUGACAACAAACGUUUGCACAAAAAGCUGUUUGUCCAGGCAGAACAAUGCAAAGACCUGAUGGAGCUGUACUUGAAAUCAGAAGCUGAACUGGAGGCUCAAGUAAAUAAUGUAUUAGAUAAAACCUCAAAGACAGCUCUCCAGAUUAUUUUGCUAGGCUUCGAAAUAAACCAAAUAACGAAACAAAUUAAAGCAUCCUCAUCUAAUGACAAUUUGAAGCAAAUGCGGGAUGAAAAACUCAAAGCACUGAAGUUGAAAAAGGAGGAACUUCAGCAAAGUGAUGCUAGCUCUGAAAAAAUUCUUAAGGUGAUAUUGCAGAUGGAGGAAAUCUGGAAGCUACAGAGUGAAGAUCCAGACAACUUAAAUAAAAUCAGCGAUCUGCAGAAGGAUCUCAUGAACUUGAUUAGCCAAUUGGACAAUAAAAUGGCUUCAAAACCAAUGCUGAAAAUCAUUGCUCUCCAGUCUGAUGUAACCUGGAUAAGCGAAAUGCUGAGAACUGUGACUACAAAGGCUGAGAUCCAGAAAGCUGAGCUCCAAAAGACACUGGAUGACAUAAAACUUUUGCUGAAUGAAAAAAACAAAGAGCUGGCUGCUGCAACCGGUGAUAUCAGUCAGCUACAGAAAGAUAUUGCUGCUCUGAAGAAAGAAGUUUCGAGAUUGAAAGUGGAAAUAGACACAAUUGAAGGGAAUGCAAAUAAGAAGAUUAAAGAUCUUCAAGAAAAUCUAAAACAGAGUAACAAUGCAUUGGAUGAUGCAAAUAAAUCACUAAAAGAGAAGGAUGCCACACUAUCACAACAAAUUGCAAACAUCAGCAAUCUCUUAAACGAAGUGAAAACCUUGAAACAACAAGUGCAAGAAAAGGAAUCACUAUUAAAUGCCAGAAUAGCUGAUCUUGAAAGGAGCCUAACGAUGAAAAAGGAGGAAAAUGCCAAAAUUAAUGCUGAAAAUGAAAAACUGAAAAAAAAUUGUUUGGAUAAUGCUGUAUGCCCUGAUCUCCAGAAAAAAUAUAAAGAAAUGCAAGCUGAAUAUAACGAUACAAUUUCUAAGCUGAACAAUGAAGUUCUUAAGAAGGCUUAUAUCAUUAAAAGUCUAAUAGAUGAAGUGCAGUACCUGGAUGAGCAAAUUGCACAAGGAUUCCCAGAACUGAGGCAAGAAUUGGAUGAAAAGAAAAGAGAAUUGGAGAAGGCAAAGCAGAAAUUGCAAGCUGAGGGAUCCAUAUCAGCCAAAACUCUGGUUGUACUUCAGUUACUAACUGAUAUAGGGAAGCUGCAAGAAAAUCCAACUGAAGAUAAUUCAGAAAAGAUCCGCAAACUGGAAGCUCAAUUAAAUGGUUUGCUGGCUGAGUUGCAAAACUCUGGAGAGAAAGGGCUUGGACUGGCCUUGAAAAUAAUGUCUAUAAAGGAAUCAAUGUUCAAACUAAAACAAGCACAGGAACAAAUGAAACAGAAAUAUGCAAAGGAAAUCAAUGGACUACAGAAUCAAAUACAGAACAAAGAAAAAGAGAUUUUGCUGUUGCAGGCUAACUGUGAACUGUCAGAUAAGCUGAAGAACAGGAUACAACAACUAGAAAAGGAGCUUAAGGAGAGCAAACAAAAUGUUAAAAAACUCCAACAAGAAUCAAAAGAUAAGAUUGCAUCACUGGAGAAACAAAUUAAAACAAAGGACCAGCAGCUUGCUAAGACUGAAGAGAUACUGCAAAACACAAACGCUAAAAACGCUGCUUUGAUCAAACAGCUGAACGAUCUGAAUGAUGAACUAAAGAAACUCAAAGAGGAGAAAAAAUAUGCAUUGCAGAAACUACAAGAAGAAAUUGCUGAUUUAAAAAAGAAAUUGAAAAACCAGGAAAAUGCGCUUGCUGAAAAGGAUCUGUACCUGAAGGAGAAGAAUGGAAUCAUUGAUAUAUUAGAAAAGCAACGGGACAAUAUGAAAAGCGAGCUUGAAAAAGUAAAGAACAAAAACAGAGAGCUAGAGGCAGAGCUUAAAACAAAGGACCAGCAACUUGCUAAAACUGAAGCCAAACUAAAGGAGAUAAAUGCUGAAAAUCAAGACUUGAUUCAGAAGCAGAAGAAACAGGAAAAGGAACUACAAAAAGUUACAGAGGAGAAAAAUGAAUUACAGAAACAAAAUUCUUAUUUAGGAAAGGCAUUAGAAGCAAAAAAACAAGAACUUGCUAACAAGGACCAGAAACUCCAGGAGAAGGACAAGGAAGUUGCUACACUGCAAAAGCAAUAUGCUGAUACAAAGGCCGAGCUUAAAGAAGAGAAAAAUAAAUUAAAUGGUGUGAUCAGUGAGAACCAGAAACUUAAACAAAACCUGACUGAGAUUCAAAAGGAAGUGGAGAUUCUUAAGGGAAAAAACGAACCUCCUAAGAGGGUAUGGCCGCAGCUUGACGCAAACACUGCCCACCGCAGACUCGUCUUGUCACAGGAUGAGAAAGAAGCACGUACCUCCAUACUCCCUAAGUCUGUACCUGACACUCCUGAGCGCUACGACACAGCUAUUGCAGCUCUGGGAAAAGACGGAUAUGAUUCGGGAAAAUAUUACUGGGAAAUAGGUGUGAUUGGAAAAAAAUGUUAUGUUGUGGGUGCAGCCAAGGCGUCCGCUCAGAGAAAAGGUAUUCUGACAUAUAGCCCUUCAGUUGGCUACUGGGUUAUUCUGAAGGAUAGAGCCUCAAAACUUUUUGCCAUGGCUGACAAGGUGGUUCAACUAAACGCUGAUGCACUUUCUGUAAUCGGGGUCCAGUUGGAUUUUAAAAAUAAUAAGGUAACUUUUUAUGAUGCAGAGAGGAAGCUUGAAAUCUUUAGUUUCACUGGCAAUGUGCUGCAGGGAAAAAUCUAUCCAUAUAUUGAAACCUGCAGUUAUACUAAUUUAAAUGAGCCUCCCUUGAUCUUUAAGCAACCUCAAUCCACCGACUGGCUCAAGCAGUGAUCUCCAUAUAUUUGGAGUUUGUUUUUGUAUCCAAAGAAAAUGCUUUCUGCUUUAGAUAUUUCAGCUGGUCAUGACUCUCAACUGCAUGCUUGAAUGGCAUCUUUCAUUUUAAUAAAUCAUCUAUAUUUGAAAAACAUAAA